UCUUCGCCAUGAAAAACAAAUACAUUUUGUGUUGACAACAAUAAAUCAAAUAAAUUGAAGUGAAUUCGCGUUGUUGUUGCUAUUGUUGUUGUUGCAGGCGGCUUUUAAAUCAAUUAAAUCAACAGUAGAGUCGAUAACAAGCGUGCAAAGCAGAAAUGUUCACGAUCCCCAUGCCUUGUGUGAAAUUGAGCAAUCAGUGUGUUGGCAUUAAUGCCAGAUAAUGACAUCCAAGCAGCCACCCAAUAAACCAACCCAACGAUUAGAUUAAACGCCUGCUUUGUCUGCAGGUCCGUUUCCAAGAAGCGCACUUCGAGUUUCUAAAAUUAAACAAGUUGAAAAGCAUGCAAAAACAAAAACUGCAAGUCCGUAAACAAGCGUAGAGAACUGCUGAUGUAGUUCAUUAAAAUAUCAACCAUAUCUUCGCAUCAUACGUGUUACGACACGUGAAGUUUCAUAGCGUUGCGUUGCGUUGCGUUACGUUACGUUACGUGAAACGGUUACAAGAUGAAGGAAUGGCUAAAAAUCUCAUGCCUUCUGUGCGUAUUUGGCUUUGUACGCGAGAUCCGACCCUCUGAGCCCUAUGUCACGGAAUAUCUUCUGGGCCCAUGGCGCAACAUAACGGAACAACAGCUAACACAAGAUGUUUAUCCAGUGGGCACCUAUUCGCAUCUGGUUCAAUUGGUUUUUGUUUUUCUUAUUACGGAUUUUCUGCGAUAUAAACCUCUCAUAAUUACAAUUGGCGCCGCUGGCGUGAUCAUCUGGAGCAUGCUGAUUUGGACAACCAGUUUGCUGUCAUUGCAAAUAUUGGAAUUCUUCUAUGGCACUUACAUGGCCGCCGAGGUGGCCUACUAUACGUACAUCUAUGCCAAGGUGGACAAAAAGUAUUAUCCGCGCGUUACCUCUCACACACGUGCUGCCAUGUUUGCCGGCAAGCUAAUCUCGGGCAUUACAUCGCAGCUGAUGAUAAAUCUGGAGCUGAUGAACUACAAGCAGCUCAACUACAUAACGCUAGCCACACAAAUUCUGGCCAUGCUGUGGGCGUUCGGACUGCCCAAAGUGGACAAGAGCUUGUACUUCCAUCGCGAAGUAUAUCUAAGGGAGGCCACGCCUGAAGCUCCACAGACAAACCAGCUGCAACUGCAGCUGGAACCGCAGUCGGAAUCUGGCGAACCUGAUGUGGCCAGCCAACAGACCGCCGGACAGCAGGUCCAGUACAAUCCCAUGCGGCUGCUGUGGCAGCACUUUUACAAUGCCUACACAAGUCCGCGAGUGGUGCAAUGGAGCCUGUGGUAUGCCAUUGGCCUUGCUGGCUAUCUGCAGGUCACCUACUAUAUGCAGGUGCUGUGGAAGGUUAUCGAGCCCGAGCCACAGAUUGCAUGGAACGGUGCUGUCGACGCCGUGCUUACCGCCUUGGCGGCGCUAAGUGCUCUGGCCGCGGGAUAUCUGCACAGCGGUCGUUUAAGGCCGCGUACCAGUUUGCUUGUGUUAUCAGUGCUAUCAGCGCUGGAAGGUGGCAGCGUCUUGAUCUGCUGCUGGACCCAUGAUAUCUAUUGGUCCUAUGUGGGCUUUGUUAUCUUUGGCGCACUGUACGGCUUUACCAUUACUGUGGCCAGCGCUGAGGUGGCACGUAAUCUGCAGGAGGACAGCUUUGGCCUGGUCUUUGGCAUCAACACGCUGCUGGCUUUGGUCUUCCAGUCGUUGCUCACCAUUAUUGUCGUCUCCGAGACGGGCUUUGAGCUCGACGCUGUGGGCCAAUACACGGUCUAUGCUUUUUAUUUCAUAGCUGUCGCCAUCAUAUAUUUUAUAUCCGUCAUCGUAGAGCAUCUAUGGUAUCGCGGAGCGCAGCAAGUCCAGGAAAAAACCGAAAUUAUAGAUUAG